AUGAAUAACAAAGGUAGCCGUAGGAGUUUACGCGAUAUAGGGAAUGUAAUUGGACGGAAUAAUAUACCUAGCGACAAGGACAAUGUGUUUGUGAGGUUAAGCAUGUCCCCUUCGAGGACAGCAAGUCAAAGGGAGUUCUUAAAACCCCCCAUGAGAUUAUCUCCCAGGAAGACGGAUGGUGCAAAACAUAGUAUACAGGUAACGCCAAGAAGAAUAGCAUCGCCGGAAUGUUUGAAGGGCUAUGUCCCUAAAGUAACUCAAAGUCUGGAUAGGCCUCAGUUCAAGAACUCACAUAAAGACGUGAAGAUCCAAAGUUCAGACCACAUAACUAAUAUAAUAUUCCCUACAUCACCAACUAAGCUAACAUUCAGUAAUGAAAGUAAAAUUGGAGGUGAUGGUUCUUUGACGAGAAUACGGGCCCGAUUCAAGAACGGUCUCAUGUCACCCGAAAGGAUACAGCAGCAGCAGCAGCAGCAGCAGCAACAAGAGCAGAUCCCUUCAUUGGGAACCGAUAACAGCAUUAAUCUUAGUCACAAUACUAACUUCGAAACAACCUCAGUAGAAAACGAUCUCUCUCAAGAUAAACUAAAAAAGAAAAAUCUAUUAAUUGACCUAAAAAAAGAAGAGGAAGGUUUAGGAGAUGGCAUAGAGUCUCUUACAAAAUCGAAUACAAAACUGAAUUCCAUGCUUGCAAAGGAAGGUAAGGUACAGAAGGCCAGCAUCCAGAAAACUGUAAAAUUUAAACUCCCUGAUACUAUAGUGACAGAAGACACUAAAGAACUAAGGGAUAUCAAGGAUCUAAUAUUGCAAAUGCUAAGAAGACAACGAGACAUUGAAUCGAGGUUGAGCAAUAUCGAACUUCAGCUCAAGGAGAUACCGAAACAUAAAUAA